AUGUUAUCUACAACUUUAUACAGGAGAAAAAAGAUUGGGCUAUUAGCAACACAAAGAUGGGGAGAAAGCUUACCCAAAUUUAAAAGUCCAGAUACAAAACAACAGCUGACAGAAUUUGCUUCUAGAAUUACUCCAGAGUGUGGGAUACCAGAACUCAACUUCAAUGCUGAUGGUAUUGCCAGACAUAUUAAGAAUUUCUUCACUGAACAGAGACGAUACCGAAAGAUUAAAACAACAUCCUGCAAGGUUUGUUUUCUACUUUCACGUGAUUUUGACAAGGGCUCAUUAAUGUGUGUCCUUGGAAACUUCUUGUUAAUGCUACUUUUGAGCAGCUUUCUGAUUUUAAGAAAUUUAAAAAAACGAUCUCUUGCUAAAACUUUUAAAAAUACGAGCUUUCGGCUGUUUGCGCUACAGCCUUCAACGGGUAAAAUGAUAAAAAGGUAAAAAAUAUACUAGGUGUGAAGUACAAAGUAAAAAUUAAAAAUGCUGAUAACUAAGAAUGUCUGUUAAAAAGAAUGUUGUAUUGUCCGGGCAAAGGACAGGACAGUGGUGACUGUUCAUGGUGUUAUAUUGGUGAGACUGGCAGGGCCUUCAACACAAGAAAGAAAGAACACCUCAGAAAUGUGAAAACCACGGCAAAAGGCUCAAGAAUUGCCAAUCACGUCUGGGCCAAUAGUCACGCAGUAGACUUUGAUAAUGCAUCUAUUAUUGACAAAGGCAGUUUCAGAACAAGAAAAAUACUAGAAGUGUGGCAUUCCAAGUUAACUCCCAAUGCGGACAACAAUUCCUGUCCUUUGCCCGGAAAAUACAACAUUCUUUUUUACAAACAUUCUUAGUUAUCAGCAUUUUUAAUUUUUACUUUGUACUUCACACCUAGUAUAUUUUUUACCUUUUUAUCAUUUUACCCGUUGAAGGCUGUAGCGCAAACAGCCGAAAGCUCGUAUUUUUAAAAGUUUUAGCCAGAGAUCGUUUUUUAAAUUUCAUAAGAUGUUUUAUCCUGGCCGCGGCCCCUCUAUCUUUUCAAGUUUUCUGAUUGUUUUGUGUUUUUAUUAUUGUUAGUAAAUAUUUAUCUCAAUUGAGGCUAAACAUACUUCUUACAUUAUUUUUUUCCAUUUCAAACAUUUUCAGAGUGAAACUGAUCAUAAACCAAAGGAGGAAAAAAGUAGGAAGAAGCAUAAAGUCAAACACGUGGGUAUCUCUAAUUCUCUUAUGUUAUACUUGGGUUAUAAAUAUAAUAGGUCUGUGGUUACCUGCAUACCAACUUAAAUAAGCAACUGGGAACUCCAACCUCUGCUCUUACUCCAUGUCAUUGUUUAAGUUUUGGGAUUGAAAAGAAUGUCAGUUACAAAAGUUAGAGGGGAAAACAAUAAUUGAUUGUUUUUUGUCCAUAGAGAUUUGAUAAACUAUGUUUUGUUUUGCAGUUGUCCAGUGGAGAAUUGUCUGCAAGUGGAAUUUCUUUUGCAUCUGGAUCAGAAAGAGAAAGUUCUCCUCCCUCUGAGGGUGGUGAUACAGAACCUGUCGAUGAGGAUAUCGAUGACGAUGAUGACUCCUGUAUAAGUGAAUCACCACCUUGCUCUCAAGUUCCCUCAUUUGUUGCGAGUAAAGGCAUGUCAGCUUGGCCCCUGGCAGUCAAUCAAGCAAUUGUAAAGGGUGUCUUUGGUCGUAUUUUAAACAGACAUGAUAUUGUUGACAUCCUUAAGAAAAGGUUUUCUGUACAGCAAAGGAGCUUAACUAAUUUGAAACCCACAGAGCUUAUGAGUGUAUUGGCCAGGAAGCUAGUACAAAAUGAUUACUGCAAGGUCAAAGAAGUGGUGAAAAACAUACACGAGGAUAUAACUGUAUUCAAAGAAAUUGCUGUUUAG